GUAUCCUGAAGCCAGGUAUGGUUGUCAACUUUGCCCCCACUGGCCCCACCACUGAGGUUAAGUCUGUGAAGAUGCACCACGAAGAUCUUACCGAGGUUGUCCCUGGUGACAAUGUUGGCUUCAGCGUGAAGAACAUGUCAGUGAAGGACCAGACGCAUGGAUUCGUCGAUUCUGACUCCAAGAACGACCCAGCUAAGGAAGCUGCUGACUUUACCUCCCAGGUGAUCGUCCUUAACCACCUUGGCCAGAUCCAGGCUGGGUACUCACCUGUGCUUGGUUGCCACAAUGCUUACAUUGCCUGCAAGUUCGCUGAACUGCUGACCAAGAUCGACAGCCGUACUGGUAAGGAAAUGAAGCACGUGAAAUCUGGCGACUACUGCAACGUAAAGAUGGUUCCCAGCAGGCCCGACUGUGUGGAAACCUUCCAACAGUAUGCUCCUCUUGGACGUUUUGCUGUGCGUGACAUGAAGCAGACGGUAGCUGUGGGUGUAAUCAAGGGGGUCAACAAGAAGAUACGGUUUCCCAAUCAACAAGAGAGUGUAAGCAUCACACAGGAUACGGAUUCUAAUAAAAGGUGUGAUUACGAUAUUAUAUACCUCUUGCUGACGGUAGUGAUUGCCAUUAGCAGUAGUAUUGUUAAUGUUGCUUUUACUAUACUGUUACUUCAUAUUUUUACCAUCAUCAUCACUACAACCCACACCACCGCACCGCCACCAUCGCCAACCACCACCACCAUCAUUAUCAUUAAUGACAACUCCACCACCUACACCUCAUGUCAAUUGCAGGUAGCCAUUUCAUGUGGUGGAACCAAAGUGAAGAAUAAUACCAUGAAAUUCUUAGAAUUAGUUUAA